AUGGAUAAAUAUUUCCCCCUCUCAUUUAGAGAAAAGAAGGAGACUGAGUUCUUUGAGUUGAAACAAGGGAACAUGACUAUAGAGGAGUAUGAGAGAAAAUUUAAUGAGUUAGCUAGAUUCACACCACACCUAGUUGAUACAGAAGAUAAGAUGAUAGCCAGGUUCAGGAAAGGAUUGAGAACUGACAUCAAAGGAAUUAUGGCUGCACAUGUGAUCGAGGAUUUCAGUGAUCUGGUUAAGCGAGCCGAAGAGGUGGUGACGGGUCUUGGAUCAAACAUCCCUGCACCAAAGCCAACCAAUCAACCUAUAAAAAGGAAGUGGGAAAACCACAAUCAAGGCGGAGGGAAUUUCCAAGAUAAGAGGCCGAAGUUUGGUGGAAAUACUAGACACACUGUGCAAAACUACCCUAAGACAAAGAAAAAUGUGACAGAUGGAAAGAAGAACGUUGGGCCAGAAAAGAAAGGAAAUGCCCGAUUCUUCGCUUUAGCAGAUCAAGAAGCAGCGGAAGAUGACGACAUAAUGACUCAAAACUUAGCCUUGAACAUAAGUGUCCCUUCUGGAGAAUGCAUCAAGACAGAUAGGAUUUCUCGGAGAAUUUCCUUGAACUUUAGAAGUAGAAAGCUUGAAGCUGACUUGUACCUUAUAGAGAUGCACGAUUCUGAUGUGAUUUUGGAUAUGGAUUGGCUAAGUCAAAACUUUGCGACAAUUACGUGUCACGAGAGGGAGAUUGUUUUCAAGGUUCCAGGCAAGAAAGAAUUUUCAUUUCGGGGAUCAAAGUUUGGAAAAAUGCUCAUGGUGAUAUCUGCAAUGAAAAUAAUAAAGAUACUGAAUAAAGGCUUUGGUGAGGCUUAUCUCGUAAGCAUUGUAGGCAAAGAACACGGAGAACUUACCCACGAGAGUGUGCCAGUAGUACGUGAUUACCCCAAUAUUUUUCCAGAGAAUUUACCUAGAAUACCACCAGAUAGGCAAGUGGAGUUCGCGAUCGACUUAGUGCUUGGAGCAGCACCCAUUUCAAAAGCACCAUAUAGGAUGGCGCCAAAGGAAUUGGAGGAAUUAAAGUCACAACUACAAGAACUUUUGGACCUAGGGUUCAUUCGACCAAGCGUAUCAACCUGGGGAGCGCCAGUCUUGGUUGUCAAGAAGAAAGACGGAAGCAUGCGUAUGUGUAUCGAUUGCCGUGAGCUCAAUCGACUUACCAUCAAGAACAAGUAUCGUCUACCAAGGAUAGAAGAUUUAUUUGAUCAAUUGAAGGGCGCAAAGGUGUUUUCAAAAAUCGAUUUGAGGUCAGGUUACCACCAACUCAAGAUAAAGGGAGGUGAUAUAUCGAAAACGGCUUUUCGGACAAGAUAUAGCCACUAUGAAUUUGUAGUUAUGCCAUUCGGUUUAACCAAUGCUCUAGCAGUGUUCAUGGACCUGAUGAAUCGUGUUUUUCACUCAUAUUUGGAUAAGUUCGUCACAGUUUUUAUCGAUGACAUCGUGAUAUACUCAAGGGAUAAUGUACAACAUGAAGAGCAUCUUAAGAUCAUCUUGGAAACAUUGAGGAGUGAGAAAUUUUAUGCCAAAUUUAAGAAAUGUGAAUUUUAG